AUGUUUGACAACUCGCAAUAUCCUUAUAACUGUUUUAACUAUGAUGGCGAUGGAUACCCCUCAUGUGGCUCAGAUGAAGAGAAGAAAGUGUGUCGACCGGCUUACAGCUACAUUGCACUAAUAGCAAUGGCUAUACAACAGAGUCCGGAGAACAAAGUUACCCUAUCAGGAAUCUACGAGUUCAUCAUGAAGAGAUUUCCUUAUUACAGAUCCAACCAGAGGGCUUGGCAAAACUCAAUUCGUCAUAACCUUUCUUUAAACAGCUGCUUCAUAAAGGUGCCCCGAACAGAAGGUAAUGAGAAAGGAAAAGGUAAUUACUGGACGUUUGCCACAGGCUGCGAGUCCAUGCUGGACCUCUUUGAAAAUGGCAACUUUCGCCGCCGCCGCCGCAGACGCAACUUAAAAAUGGGCCUCAAGGAGCCAAUGGAACCUUUUAUUGCCAUGGACAUUUAUCAGGGUGCUGUAGUAAGAUCCAUGGAUUCAGAUUCUCUCUGCCCUGUGAACACUAGUCGUAGACCGGCCCAAAUCAACCCACCCCUCAGCAAACCUGAGCCUGAGAUCAAAUUUAGCAUUGACUACAUUCUCUCCACUCCGGACCCUCUUCCUGGGUUCAGAGCCACUAACAGAGUAGCUGGAGCUGUGAUCCAUCACCUGGAGCCACAACAUCUAAAUCUACACUUCUGGACCAUGUAACCAAAACUAUUCAAUCUGAGAGAACCUGUAGAAUGCAAAUCAGUAUAUAUCCAGAUGUUGAAACUGUUUCAGAAAAGAAAGAGAAAAAAAAAAACGUAAUGUAGUCUAAUAGUUCAUAUGACUUUCUUUCUUUUGUGGAAUGCAAAAGGUGAAUUUCUGUAGAAUAUCCUGGUCACUCUUAUGAGUGAGGAAAAGAGAAUGGGGCUUUCAAGCCACAAAAUGAUUUAAAAAAGCAUAAUAAAGUAUAAUAAACAUGGUCCAUUUGGCUAUAUUCAAAGUCUUUUGGAGUGCGGAUUGAGUGACAGGAUAUUCUUCAAAAAUUAAUCUUUGGUGUAUUACAAAGAAGAAAGUCAGACAAACGUGUUUGGAAUGACAUGAGGGUAAGUAAAUAAUUACAGCAUUUUCUUUUGUGGGUGAACUAGUCCUUUAAAGCUUCAAUAGUGUGCAAAAAGUCUUGUAAAUUUUCCCAUAUUGCAAAUUGGCUUGUAGGCACAUACAGUAUGUUGUGUGCUAGUGCUCUUGUCAGUAGGUCUGCUCAAUUCAUGGUUCAUGUCAGCAAAAUUUAUAAAUAAGAAUACACACUUACAGUAGAUAUAACAGUAACAGUGUUGGGUGUAAUCCAAUUACAAAGUAAUUAGUUACUGUAUUCUAAUUACUUUUUAGUCAAAAAAGUAGUGUAGUGUACAUUUUAAAUUCUUGUAACCAGAUUACAGUUAUAGACUUUCAAUUAAUUUAAUUACUUUUAAGUGCAUUAAAGGGUUAUGCUUAUUUCUAAUAUAUUAUUUAUGUAGAAUACAUUAAUUAUGGCCCUGUAAUGAGUUGUGAAAGAGAAAUGUGAAGUGCUGAGUGUAUGACUUGUGUGCAACAAUGAACAAGAAAUAUAUACAUUAUUUUGAAUAUGUUAAGCGGAAAAGUGUUUUAGAAAGUAAUUAAAAUGAAAGUAAUUAGUAAUGUGAUUACUUUUCCAAUUAUGUAAUUAGUAAAGUAAUCUGAUUACAAGUUUAGAUAAAUUAUUAGUAAUUUGUAGAUUCAUAUUUUUAAGUAACGUACCCAACACUGAACAGUUAGUUAUGAGUAUAUAAUUAUUCAGUGAAUAAUUAUUGGAGUUCAGGAUAUACAUUAGCUGUUUAUUAUUAUACACCAUCUUCUCAUCGAAAGCUGUUAAAACAGUGUGCACAGUUAAUGCUAACUUUGAAAAGGUUGCUUUGUAUAUUGCCAUGAAUUAUAGGCACUUUACAAUCUUUGAUAGCAAGCUGAGAAAAGUAUAGAAACAGGAGCAAAACAGGGCGAACCAGUUUAUUUUUGUUAAAUCAAUCCAUCCCGACGUUCAAUGGACCCUUUUCAUAAACAGUGGUGACGCAUCUCUGCCCUAAUUUAGCAGCAUAAAUCUAGCAAACAUUUUUUAUUUUUUGUUAAUUAUUUAAUGUAAUUUCCUAACAGUAUUCUUUGUGUAUUAUUACCCUGGAAUUAGUGUAAUAAUAAAAAGAUUUUAAAAAGAACAGCUGCCACGGGGUUUCAAAUACAGUUUUUGAGGGAGUAAGAGUAAAUUUGGCAUCUUUUUUUGGUGCUGCACCAUUUUGUGGACACGGAUAUGUAGUUAUUGUAGUGUUCACAAACAAAUGCAUGAAACAUAGCUAUAAGGGUUAGUUUAAUCAACAUUGCCUGCUUACUGUAGGAGGGCUGAGUGACUCUAUUGUUUACAUAUGUUGUUUAUAAUGUGUAUCAUUGGCCCUUGACAGUCUGUGAUCCGUAUCAAUCACUGAUAGACUGAGCAAAUGCUCCUCUGGCCAACAGCAAUGUAUUCUAGCUCUUAAAGCCCUCCCAGGGGUGUUUAAUGAUUUUUAAGGAUUUGUUUAGGAAUCUCUCUCUCUUUUUUUUAAUGCAUCUUUAAAUGGUGGACAGUGCAAAGGUUAUUUCAGAAUAAGAGUUUGUCCGCUCUCGUGACAUUUUAAUAGUUCAACUGAAAUCUAACGUCACUAAUUGCUCUUGUAUACUGCUACAUACCGGCCAUUGUUGCCUAUAGUGUUAA